AUUACAAAUCUCUUACUUCCUGUGAGCUUUUUUUUUUUUUUUAUUCAAAUGCUCAGGUGCGCUGAACUUCACCAGCUUGGAUUUAUUUCCCCCCGACGUUCGCUUAGUUGUUUUCAACCUGACGCGAAGGAGAGAAGAAGUGCGUUUUUUAAUCGUUUGGAUUCCGGACUUCUGCACUGACUUUUCCCUAGUUUUGUUUUGUUUUUUCAUCAAAAAUGGACGUGUUGGCGAAUUACAGUAUUUUCCAAGAACUGCAACUCGUUCACGACACUGGUUAUUUCUCCGCGAUGCCUUCCCUGGAGGAGAACUGGCAGCAGACGUGUCUAGAGUUGGAGCGAUACCUGCAGACGGAGCCCAAGCGCCUCUCGGAGCUCUUUGAUGAGGAGCUGGACGGCCUCUUGACGCCCACCUUCAUGCAAGGGGGCGACAGUGACGAGGACCUGAUGGACCCCCUCCUUCCCAGCCUCUCUGACCAGCCCAGCCCGCCUCCGCUGCUGGUGUCAAUCCCCAAGGUCCAGGCUAAAUUUCUCCAGGUGGCCAACUCCAGCAAGAUCCCAGCCGAGGUGGGGAGCGAAACCCUCACACCGAAGGACCACGUCCUGGCAGGAGUCAGUGCAGCACAGCUCAGCGCCGCUGUCACAUCCCUGACACCGCCAUCGUCACCGGAGCUCGGCCGCCACCUCAUCAAGUCCACACAAACACUGACCGCGACGGCGGACGGCACGCUAACGCUCAAAUUUGUGGCCAAGAAAGUAGGGUUGGGGGCGGCCAAACUGGUGGCGGCAACGGCGUUACCGUCGCCGCCGAGCCGAGGGGGGGCCCUCAGUGAUGGCGAGCAGGGAGGAGGAGGAAGUCAGGGAGGAGACGUACCAGAGAACAAAAAGAGGGUGCACCGGUGCCAGUUUAAUGGCUGCAGGAAGGUUUACACCAAGAGCUCCCAUCUGAAGGCACACCAGAGGACUCACACAGGUGAGAAGCCCUAUAAGUGCUCGUGGGAGGGCUGCGACUGGCGUUUCGCCCGCAGCGACGAACUGACGCGACACUACCGCAAACACACCGGAGCCAAGCCAUUCAAGUGCAACCACUGCGACAGGUGUUUCUCCCGGUCGGACCACCUGGCCCUGCACAUGAAGAGGCACAUCUGAGGGAAAAAGAGAAAAGGAGCGCGAGAAGGGGAAGAAGUAAGAGGAGAAACAAGAGGAGGAGGAGGAGAUAAGAGGAAAAAAUGGAUUGGGCGCUGAAGCUACCAACCGCCCCGCCUUGCUCACCCCGUCCACGAAGCAGCCGGCGGCCACGGCGCCGCAUCCAUCUGACGGGGCGGCAGCGAUGGAAAGGAGCGGCGGCCGUCUCGUCGAGGAGGGAAACGAGGAGUAGCUAGAUUGUUGUCUUUUAUUCUUUAAAACUACACACUUGCAAUAGCGAGCACCUCAUACACACACGUCUUUGAAUGCAUCAUCCCGGUGACCCCUUUCAGCUGUCAUGUGGCUCUGGGGGCUUGGACACUGCCAAACCAACGUAAACUUACAUUACUCAAUUACAACAUUACGCCGCCUUUGUUUCCGUCUCUGUAGUCAGUGUGUUUGAACCAUAAAGAACACUUUAGGUGAGCAGAUAGUUCAGUGAGGAAUCUUUAACUACCAUAUACUCUAGUCUGUUGUUAGUGGUUACCGGCUUUGCAAAUCGAAUACUUUUCCAUUGUUUUAUUCAAUAUUUCUCAUACACGGAACAUACAAAACCAUCAUCCGCCGCAGUCAGCUUCAGUAAUCUAUGUGAAGAAAGCAACAACGAAUCUGCAGGAGACGGACUAUCCGGACUGAUAUCCGGCCCCGCUGACAAUCGGGGGCCCGGACGCUGGGGGUUUUCUCCUCCACGCCACUCGGGCCUCGGCCAGCGGGGGGCUGCUGCAGCUCCCCGGCUCUCCUCCGGCGGGUGUUUGCAUCGCUCACCUACGCUGAGUGCUCGCCGCCUCCGCAGGGCAAUCUGACAGAAAUGCGCAGCGACACUUUCUUCCCUUUUUUUUCUACUUAGAGGACGAUAGUUCUUCUUAUUGUGGUUAUUGCAGCAGAGUGACACUUCUUUUUUUAACGUCUUAAAAUUCACUGAAUUGUGUUUGAGAAAGAAAAAAAAAAAAAGAACGAAGAAGAGCUUUAAGAUGACUUCAAUCGAAUGUGUGGGACGAGAAGGAGAGCGUUGUUGGUCUUUUGAUCUGCAUGUGCACCAGCUCUGUUUCUGCAGUCUGUAGGCAACCAGUGGAUGAACACACAGACAGCAGAAUCGGACCAACACAAGAGGGAUUUGUACUUUUUUUGGACUGAAAUAAAAGCAAAGAGGGCUUCAGGUUUGUUCGUUUUUUUUUCGGCGCUGUUCUUCCUGCGACUCACUCCAGCUGAAAAACAAAACCCUCGCGUGACCUUUUGUGGUCUCGAACGCUGACUGGAGUAAGGCAGCGUUGGAAAAAUUAGGAUAACCUGUUUUCUCUUCUUUCUUUUGGAUUGUGUGAGUGGUCCUGGAGCUCUUUCACAGACUCGGGGGUCUCUCCUCACCUGGCAGGGCCGCCGGGCGUCAGCGCAGGCCGAGGAGCUGCUUCCCGCUCUCUUGCGUGGGACUCGAGGCGCCAACCGAACCUUUGCGUGGCGGCGCCGAGCACACGCGGACCCGUCGGCCCAGUCGAAUUUGCCUGUUUCGUAUGCAUUGACUGCACUGACUCUGUUUUUUUUUUUUAUAUAAUGUUAUCUGUGCUUUUUUUUUUCUACAGCUGAAAAAAAAAAAAACUCAAGAAAAAAAAAUCCUAAAAAAUCCUAAAAAAAACCACAAAAAAAUCUUCUGUCUCGCGCUACACAUUGUAUAGAGAACAAGAACACACACUCCAACAACACACAGACUUACACUGCGGUUCCUCUGCUCAAGGCUCCUCUUGAGAUAAGACUAAUACGAUUUAGGAUAAUAAUUAUUAAACGAAUGAACAAAACACUGCAUGGCAGGCUUUUUGCAACACACGUACACACACAAGCCCAUGUGCACGCACACACACACACACACACUCUUCCUGGAAUUAUAUGUUCUGCUCCCAGAUCUUUUUUCACAGUCGGAAUUUAGCAACUGUUGUUUAGUAGAAGAGCGUCUUAGCUCCUGGCUGGAGGUAACAAACGAUUCCAAAUCCUUUGAAGUGAGAAAUCGGCUCGUUCUCGGUUGCAGCGAUCGCCCGCGUGUCCCUCGCCGCUGUCGGCGCCUCUCAUUCAAGAAGCACCGCUAACACUGGUGGUUUACGACAGAGGGAAAGAAAAACACUGCUGUCAUCGAAUAAUACCUAGAAGUUAAACAGCUGCAUCAGGUCUUUUUUCACAAACCACGUUGAAACCGUGUCCGUGGUCCUCAUGGAGCUUCCUACCCUGCCUCUCGUGUACAGUGAGUUUGAAUGUCGACGCGGAAAUCUAAGAUAUCACUUUUCUACAUUAUAUGACAAACCGUUUUCAUAUAAUGCAAACAACCAUUGGGAUCACAAGCUCCUGGGAUUUCUUUCCCACAACAUACGUGUUGUUGGUGGAGGAUUGAGUCUUGUGGUCACCUUCAUGUUUGUGAUUAGUGCAAUUGGGAAGUAAGUGAAAUACAUGUUAAUGCCUGAGGCCUCUGGGGUGGUUUGCUAGCACGUCUUCAAAAAAAACACACAUUCUCAAUUGACUUUCAUCUGUGAACUGAAUGUAGUCACUGAAAACAUACAAUGUGCAAAAGGAUAAGUCGUAGGCAGGAACUGUGUCGAGCACAUUUCCACGCCGCCUGCUUCUUUCUCUUAACAAGAAGCAGGACAAAAAAAAGAAGAAGCUUUCCUUCCAAUCAGGGCAUUGCUGAUACCGCUGACACCGCUGCUCCAUCCGCCCACCACCACCCAUAUGCCCCGUAGCGCAUGCAAGCAGUCUUAACAGCCGCUGCCGUUGACUGGUGGAGGCGCAGGGUUCCCUGAAGCUGGCGGGGGGGGGCGGAGGGGAGGGGAGGGGUUCACUCCCAGUCAUCGUGCCAGCCGGCCUUGCCCGCCUUCAUUAGGUGAAGCAGUGUGAACGUUCCUCUUGGAGGGGGGUCCGCGGUGCAGCCUUCAGCAAUCGAUACCAAAAACCUCCAGCGUGGAACUGCCCUUUAGCCAUGGGCGGGGCCUCCCAGCGGGAGACCGCCCCCGUACGAGGCCUCUGUACCCGGCGGCAGCUUUUCUCUACUAACACUCGUUCCGCUAAAUGCGACGUAAAGAAACCCACGUCCGAGAUGGUUCCUUUCGUUGGUUUCUGUUACUAAAGCUCUGUUGCUGGUUGUUUUUCUGUAGCUUGGGUGAUGCAAAGUCAUGCUAAAAUAUUGUGAGAUGCGAA